GUGAGGGUUUUAGGGCAGCUCGGCUAUGGCGAGGCCGGGGGGUGGCGCCAAGCGCGCGCGGCGCGACAAGGGGCUUGUCGUGGAAUUCGACGAGGCCAAGCGCAGGGAGUUCCUGACGGGAUUCAGGAAGAGAAAGAAUCAGAGGCGCAAGGCAGGGGCUAUGCAGCAGCAAGCAAAGGAGAGGAAGAAAAAACUCGCGGCGAGGCAAGAGAGGCGGCUGCUCAGAAAACAAGCGCUUGGAUUGCAACAAGAUCCCGAGAGUUCUCAUGAUCCCGAGGAAGUUGACGACCAAGCGGAAGGCGAUAAUCUGGAAGAAACAGUGGUUUACGAAGACGAUCAGACAAGGACCGUGGUGAAUACAUGCCCGAUCGAAGACGGUGAUGUAAAGUCGAGGGCUCGUCCGAGCGGCAAGAAGAAAACCAGUCACAAAUCCCAAAAAAUCCAAAAGCUGACGCUUCCAUGAAACCUUCCCAACUGUUGAAUAGUUUGAAUGGACCAAAGCUAUUCCUUCUCUUGAAGAUGAAGAUGGUGUAAAGAGUUUUGGCUGGAGGCCACGGUUGCAGAACCUGAUUUUGGGAAAGACUAGAUCAAGCUUACAAUGCAGAUAGCCGGAAGUAUGCCAUGACGAGAUCGAUCAAGAGUUUAAACAAAACAGAAGGUUUGGGUCG